CAAUUCGAACUGUCAAACCAUCGAAUUUUGAAACGAAAACAAUUUCAAAACACGACUUUCAAAGCCAUUUCCUAACUGCGAUUUUUUUCCAAAGCGAAUAAUAAUUUCGAUAACUUGAUAUUUCGAUAGUUUUUCAUCAACGAGAAAAGAAAGAAGAAAAUGUUGGCUCUUCCACGACAAAUUUCCCGAAUGUUGAACGAUGUUAUGGAUGAUGACAUCUUCUAUUGGCCGAUUUCUACAUUACAAAACCGUAAUUGGUUGUCAACAUUGAACAGCGAUAUUCAUAUGCCGACCUGCCAGGAUGGUAAAUUCGCAAUGAAUUUUGAUGUUCGAAACUUUGAUCCAAACAGUGUACAGGUGAAAUUGGAUGGCAACAAUCUUCAAGUUCAAGCCAAACAAGAAAAGAAAGCUGAUGGCCACUAUGAAUAUCGUGAAUUUGUACGACAUGUUACUGUACCGCAGAAUGUUCAAUCCGAUCAAUUGAAAUGCAAAAUGGACAAAGAUGGUGUAUUACGAUUUGAAGCUCCAUUGAAACAGAUUAAAAAUGAAGAACCUAAAGAACGUGUUAUACCGAUUGAAAUGGUGAACAAAAACAAACCAGCUGUUGAACAACAGAAAUAAUCAAUUAAAAAAUGAACAUUCUUAACUUUAA